UUCUAUCCCUCGAACUGUAGGCGUCGCGUCACUGGCACUCAGUCUUCUCGAACCAAAACUCGAAGUACCAAAGAAAACCUCUGGAGCUCGACUCAGAUCCACAAUGGCUCCUGUUGGUCCUCGAACUGGCGACGCAAUCUUCUCCAACGUUGAGCGCGUGAAUGCUGAGCUGUUUACCUUGACGUACGGGGCGAUUGUGCGCCAAUUGCUUACGGAUCUGGAGGAGGUUGAGGAAGUAAACAAACAGCUUGACCAAAUGGGUUAUAAUAUUGGAAUUCGACUGAUUGAUGAGUUUCUAGCAAAAUCUAAUGUCUCUAGAUGCAUUGACUUCAAAGAGACUGCUGAAACAAUUGCAAAGGUUGGUUUUAAAAUGUUCUUAGGAGUCACUGCAUCUGUAACCAAUUGGGAUGCUGAUGGGACAUGUUGCAGUAUCGUUUUGGAGGAUAAUCCUCUGGUAGACUUUGUUGAGCUCCCUGAUACAUGUCAAGGUCUAUACUAUUGCAACGUUUUAAGUGGAGUCAUCAGAGGAGCCUUGGAGAUGGUGUCAAUGAAGACUGAAGUCACAUGGGUCCGUGACAUGCUUCGAGGAGAUGAUGCAUUUGAGUUGCAGGUGAAACUUCUGAAGCAAGUUCCCGAAGAGUACCCGUACAAAGAUGAUGAGUGACAUGCCGAAAGGCCUCGUAUGUGAUGAUAUGUAUACAAUACAUGAUUCUUGUCUCCCCUGUCUCCCAAAGAGUAGAACGUUUGGUAGCUUGGCUUCUCGUCUAAUACACAUUUCUUACUUUUAAGUCAAUAAUUUUAUUUCCUUUAUUUA